UUUGGCCUCUUUUGUUUUGAGAAGGACCUGCCAACAUUAGUGGUAAUUGAGCAGCAAUUCUAAUCUAAUCAAAGUAUGCGAUUUAUGUUUGCCGGUGUGUUUCUUCGGACGUGCGAUACAAGUAGCAGAAGCUAUAUAGAGAACCCGAUUCACCUUAGCGCUGACAGUCCGCCGCAGACCCGUUGAAAAGUUUAAGCUGCACCAGGUGCGCUGUAAUUACUAAGCAUCGCCGGCCUGCUAAUUACCUCGGAGGUGGCCAUGAAAAAACUCAUUCUGUGCACCGUCUUCCUCGCGUUGGCAGUCUCAGCGCACGCGUGGUCCUGGUCCUGGCUUCUGCCGUGGAGCGCCAACGAUCAGGACGCAGGACCAUGGGACGGUUACGGAGGAGGUGGCGGCGGAUUCCGGCCUAACACCACGACCGCUGAUCCAGGUCCGACGACCACGGACGCAGCAACAACAACAGAGGAAGCAACAACUACUGAAGAAGCAACAACCACGGAGGAAGCAACGACAACCGAGGAGGCAACAACCACGGAGGAAGCAACGACAACCGAAGAGGCAACAACCACGGAGGAAGCAACGACAACCGAGGAGGCAACAACCACGGAAGAGGUGACAACCACGGACUACCCAACUGAAAGUCCGACAACCACCGAGGACCCAUGGGGUACCACCACAAGCGAAUGGUCCACGACGCCUGCUGAAGAAACCACAACUGAAUUCUGGCCCAGCUGUCCGACGCAAGAGCCCUGUCCGACGUGCGAGCCUGCCACCUGUCCCCCGCUGGUGUGUCCGACCCCUCCGCCGUGCGAGUGCUCCUCCACUUCCAACCUUUGGACGUCAACGACGGAGCUGAACUCGAGUCCAGUGAGCCCGUCCUCGGCGACCGAGGAAUCUCCAGGCACCACCACCACCUCUUUACCCCAGGGCGGGGAACUGCGGUACUGUGACCCCUGCGUGAUGGCCAGGUGUCCGCAGAGUCCGUGGACCACCAACGUGUACGCCCCUGGCUCGUGCGGACAGUACUGCAAGUGCCAACCCGACAAGGCCAUCCUGUACGAAUGUCCCACUGGACUCCAUUUCAACGGCGUGCUUGAAGUGUGCGACUGGCCAGCAAGGGCCAAGUGCACCUUGGAACUCACCUACCGCGAUGGCUGCGAGCAUAUGAUGUCCGGACGCAUAGCAAUUUAAUAAACAGGGAAUGAACCUUGAUAACAUAAUAAAACUGUCAACGCCAAAAAACGCAUAUAUGCUCACAGUGGAGGGAGGGUAAACAGGGAGUCGCUUCUUUGCUUCAUGAUUGCUGCUGUGGUGGACAAGAAGACUACUUUAUUUUAUCUCUAUCACAUCGAGUCGUUGUUGAAUUUUGUAAAUCUGUUGCCAGGCGCCUCGCUGUUUACUUUCUCUCUUCUCUGAGAAGUCACAAUCUCAAACAACAUUUAUAUUUAUAACGCAACUAUCCGCAUUUAACAGCCUCAAUCAUUUUUCAGCAAUAUCUGUUUACAAUAGCACGACCAAUCUAAAUACCUGAUUUUCAUGAUUAAAAUUUCAAAUUUCAA